AUGGCGACUUUUACGACUUCUCCCAGCGUUCCGCAGGAAAAGCAUGAUGUUUUUGUCAGCUUUAGAGGUCCAGACACCAGACGUGGAUUUCUUAGCCAUUUGAGAAAGCAGUUUCAACAAAAGGGGAUAAAGGUUUAUGUUGAUGAGACGGCAGAGAGAGGAGAUACAAUAUCACCUGCACUUUCAGAAGCAAUAGAAAGAUCAAGAAUUGCGCUGGUGAUAUUCUCUGAAAACUAUGCUUCUUCAAGGUGGUGCUUAGAAGAGCUAGUGAAAAUCAUGCAAUGCAGGCAAGACCAUAGUCAGAUUGUAAUUCCAGUUUUCUAUGAUAUAGACCCAUCAAAUGUUAGGCGUCAAAAAGGAUCGUAUGAAGGUGCAUUUGUUCAGCAUCGUAACUGCAGAGUUGAUUCAAGGAAGUUGCAAGAUUGGAGAUCGGUCUUAAAAGAAACUGCAGACAUAUUUGGUUAUCAUAAUUCCUCAAAUUUUCGGGAUGAAGCUGACCUUAUUGAUGAAAUAAUCAAAGAUGCAUGCAAAAAGCUAGAAGGUAAAGGUAAAGACACAGUGGAGCCAAAGGACCAUAUUGGAAUUGAGAAAAAUUUGACUCCUAUUGAAUUAUUUAUGGAAGAUGAAUCACAUGAAGUUAGAGUUUUUGGAAUUUGGGGUAAAGGAGGAAUAGGCAAAACCACCUUAGCUCAUGCCACAUUUGGUAACUUUUACCACCAAUUUGAUAGGUCUUACUUUGCUGAAAAUGUGAGAGAGAAAUCAAAAAAGAUUGGAAUGGAUUGUUUGCUUGAAGAAAUUCUCUCUGUUCUACUAGAUGAAGAAAAGCCCCGAAUGGUUGGAAAGCCUAAUAUUCAAAGGAGGCUACGUAGAACAAGAGUUCUUCUAGUUCUUGAUGAUGUAGACACCUCCAGUCAAUUACAAUAUCUUAUUGAUGAAAAUCUUUCAUUGGGACCAAGUAGCAAAGUCAUCAUAACAAGUAGAGACAGGCAUGUUCUUAUUAGUGGAGGAGUUCAUGAAGUACAUGAGGUGAAAGAAUUAGGCAAGGAAGAAUCGCUUCAACUUUUCUGCCGACAUGCUUUCAAGCAAGGCCAUCCGAAACAAGGAUAUGAAAAGUUAUCAAUGCAGGUAAUUGAAUAUGCAAAAGAUAGGCUUGUAGAUAAAGCACUCAUAACUAUUUCAAGAGAUGAUAGAGUGGAAAUUCAUGAUCUACUGCAAGAAAUGGCUAAAGAAAUAGUUCGUGAGGAAUCUAGAGAGCACCCUGAAAGUCGAAGUCGAUUACAUGAUGCCGAAGAAGUUCGAGAUGUAUUGGAAAAUAACAAGGGAACUAAUGCAAUUGAAGGUAUCGCGUUGAACCCAGAAGAGUUAGAAAGCGACAUACAUUUGAGUGCUGAGGCUUUCAAAAAAAUGAGUAAUUUAAGAUUUCUCAAGAUUUAUUCUAGUUUUAACCAAUCAGUGAAACUUCCUUUUGGUCUGGAGUCGCUCCCUAAUAAACUAAGAUAUUUUUAUUGGGACCGUUAUCCUUUGAAGACUCUGCCACUGGGUUUUUGUACAGACAAACUUGUUGAAAUCCAUAUGCCUGUUAACCGAGUCAUAAAACUAUGGGAUGGUGUGCAGGAUCUCAUGAAUUUGAAGAUAAUAAGUCUUGUCCUUUCGGUGAACUUAAAGGAGUUGCCUGACUUCUCCGGGGCACAAAAUCUUGAAAUGAUGGACCUCGAAUUUUGUCAAAGUUUAUGCAGUAUUCAUCCAUCAAUCUUCUCUCUUCCUAAACUUGUUUCUUUGAAUCUAAUGGGGUGCUACAAACUAAAGAAUCUUCACACGGAUAACCAUUUGAAAUCUCUCAAGGAACUCCAGCUGACAUGCUGCUUUGCUCUUGAGGAAUUUUUGUUGUCAUCAGAAGAAAUGAGAAGUUUACAUUUGGCAUCUACAGGUAUCAAAACAUUAAACUUGCCAGUUGGACGGUUCAAUAAACUUGAAGAGCUAUAUCUUGGUGGGCAUCUCAGGAGCUUUCAAGUAAAUGAGCUAAGUUGCUUAACAUCUCUUAAAAUAUUCUCUCUUGAUCGUCUUAGAGGAAGAAUAGGCAAAUCAAAAUUAGUCAUUCUGUUUGAUGCCUGGUGCUCGUUAGAAGAAUUGACGUUGAGAUACUGUGGGGUUUCUGAGAUCCCUGACAAUAUCAAUGCCAUGUCAUUAUUGAAGAUUCUAUCACUACGAGGAAGUAGCGUUGAGAGUUUGCCAGAUAGCAUCAAGCAUCUUUCAGGGCUCAGAGAAAUUGAUUUGGGUCAAUGCAAGAGGCUUAGGUCCUUACCAGAACUUCCACCUUCCCUUGCUUAUUGUUAUCUCGACGAAUGCCAAUCACUGGAGACCUUCGAUUUCCCACUGAUGCGAGCAAUACAUAACUUUAGCGAGGUUAGAGUUUGUUAUCCCGGAAGCACAAUCCCAGGGGGCUUCAAAUAUUCUCUGACUACUGCUAAGAGUUCUAUUAGUAUUGAGCUUGCACCAGCUUCUUCUGACCAUUUAUUGGGUUUUGCUUCUUAUUGUAUUCUUUCCACACUGUGUCCCAAAUAUUUCCUAGGAUUCAACGGCAAAUUCCACUUUGAAGAUGAAAAGAUCUAUUGGGAUGACAACAAAUUCAAUCGCUUUGAGCAGCUGAGUACAGAUCAUGUUUUCUUACGGUAUGAUCCAAUGGAUCACAUGGUGAAGGAAAACCAAAGAAGGCGAUUUGAUGAGAAUGCCACUUGCAAGUUUAGAUGUAAAUUUAAUGCAGAUUGCUUUUAUCCUUCGCUCAAAUAUGAUCCCGACAUAAAAGGGUGCGGAAUUUGGCCAAUAUAUGCAUCAGAAAUACAAGAAAAAAUGGAAUUAAGACUGGAGACGAAUGCUGUUACAGGCAGUACCAGGCAGUACCUUAAUGUUGAGUACUCGUGUGCGCCAGAGGACAGGGAACUUGACCACGAUGCCUUACUCUUUGAGAACCAAGAGAGGCCGAAAUGA